CUCACGAAUACUGUCGUUGUCUGUAUGUCGUCAUAUUGAAUCUUGGCUGGGGCUUCAUCACGUGCCGCUUACAUAAGCGGCGCAUUUUUCAACCUGAGACUUGAUGAAAAAUCGGCUUUAUUUGAGCAGCUACACCUCUGGCUCAACUUUUGCUACCACACAACACGCAAUGAGAGCCUCCCAAGUCCUCCAGUUCCAGAAAUCCCUUGUUUCACAGUUAACCCGUCCAUGGAAGAAGUUUAGAGACGGCACCCUCUUCUACGGACAGCACAAGACCGGGUCCAAGAGACACCAGUUGACCACCAAGCAGGGUAACAAGAACUACUACAAAGGUACCCGUUCCUCGGGUGUUGGUAUUCACACCAGAAAGGGUGCCUACCAGAUCGUCUGGUCCAAGGUCAGAACCUUUGUUGUCCCGCAGAAUUUGAGCGCAUGCACCUUGAAGCCGUUAGUCAGCAUGAACACCCCACAAAUCAAGCACCACUUCCAGGGCUAUCCUAAGGGUAUGAUUGACUCCAAGUUGAACUUUGACAAGAUUAAAGAGUUUAUCGAGCACGGUGAGGUUGAGUCUAAGUUGGUCGAUAACAAGUACAUCGAGAGAGGUUAGGGUGUUGCAUUUAUUUUUAUAACCAUGUUUGCGGUAGAUUUCGUUCAAAGGUCAUUUCUCUUUGUUUUACUUUGUUCUUUACGGCCGCGGGUCGCGGUAUGUGUACAUAGCCAGUCAAGAAUAAAACAAGGCAAGAAGAGACGUAGUUAGAUGUGAAGUUUGAGAAAAAAGAUGGCUCAAAGGAUACUGGAUUGACAGGAGGGAAGCCAUAUAUAGUUAUUGGCUAAGGAUAUGCUAGGAGUAGCUAACUGGGGGCGGUGACUUGGGAAGUGGUACAUGAUGGAAAGUUCCCCGCCGGAGCUUCGGUUCAUGUAACUAUUAAGCGCCAGCUGCUUUUGCACGCGAAUGGACAUAACCCAAGCCACCGUUCAGCUUUAAGUACCCGCUAACCCUAUGAUUUAUCCAGUAGUUCAUUUUAAUAUAGUUAUGCGGUG